UGGUAAGCAGUCUCAAACUAUUUACUAGAUAGGGGUACUGUAUAAAACUGGGAAGAAAUAUCCCAAGCAGCAACCAAACACAUUUACAGACAUGAACACAGCAAUUAAAUAAGCUGACACAAAGACACAAAGGCGACUGCUUCAGUGGUGUGAGAUAGGAGGGCAGCAGGGGAUUGCGUUUUUCUUUUUUAACAGCACCAAUACCUCACUUUGAUAAAAGUUGAAGUAAUUUUGAAAAGCAAGAUCCAUUUAUGCGACGAUUUUGAAGAGUAUAACAUAUAUUAGAGGGGAAUGCUAUGGAAAUGGACGGAAAAGCACAGAUGCAUAUUUUAUUCUUGUACUGUCCCCACAAUCUCUUGCCUUAUCUGACGUAGGAAACACACUAGGCCUUUUGGAACUGGAAAUGAUGAGGUUGACUGUGGAGUGGUGUUGUUGUUGGUGUUGGUGGACCAAACACAUUAGAGUUGGGAAGGAUUUAAAAAGUCUCUUUAAAUUGAAAGGUCUAGCAAUAUCUGGGGACAGCAAGCUUCUCAAAUUUUACUCCGUGAUAUAAUCCCUUGGGAGGCUUUAAAAACUGCACUCGUGAGAUAUAUCCCAUAACAAAUCAGAAGAAAAGGCAGGAACCAGCGUUUUAAAAAUACUACCGGGAUGGGGUAUCACUGGAGUUCAGCGUUUGUGUGAGCAAUGUGCCUGGAGACCCUAGGCUAACACUGAGGAGUCUAAUGGCCCAGCCAUAUGCAAUGGGGUGUCACUGAAGGACUUUGAGGUAGAAUGGCGUCUCACGUUUUGGGAGGUGGGAGCUGAAAUGGGAGAAGGUCAGAAGGAGGCUGCUGGUCAGGGCUGACUGGUUCCUACUCCCAUGGACGAUCUAGGAAGGACCGCGGUGUUCCUGGGCCUCGGCCCCUCCGCCUCCCCCAGCUCCUGUCUUCCGCUCCUCGACGCGCCCUGGGCGCUGGCCCAGGAGGCCCAUGAGCCACCAGGAGGCAGCGUGCCAGCGGCCGCGCCCUCUGAUUGGGUCGGGGCCCGUGGAGGGUGGGAACCUGACUCCUGUCCCCUCAGUCGCUAGGACCACCCGGCGGGGGGCGAGUGUGCGUCCUGGUUUCCGAAAGCCUCGGAGCGACCUCGCGGCACCCUCACGACUUCGCGGCCCUUCUGCCAGGCGCCUGGACGGCUCCCGCCCGCGUGACAGGAACUCGGCAUGACGGAGGCGACGAGCGUCGCGCAGCUCGGAGCUUCGCUGCCCCGUCCGCUCCCGACCUCCGGGGACGGCGCGUCGGGCGCGCGGCGAUACGUGACGGCCCUCGGGCCCCCGCAGCCGCGUGGGAACACGGACUCGGCCUGCGCUGCGCUCCCGCAGCCGGUCCCGCACGAGCCGCGGGAAGCAGCCUUCCGCCUCGUCCCGGGCUCGGAACGCCGGGCCUCAGUGUCACCUGCGCGCAUCCCGAGGCGGCGGCGGCGGGUCCCGGCCAUGUGGGACCCGCGCGCGGCAAGGACUCCUCCUCGGGAACUGGCUGUGCUGCUGUGCAACAAAUCCAAUGCAUUUUACAGCCUCGGGAAAUGGGACGAGGCUUUUCUUGCUGCCAAGGAGUGUCUGCAAUGGGACCCAACCUAUGUGAAGGGAUACUACCGUGCUGGUUACUCCCUGCUGCACUUGCUCCAGCCUUAUGAAGCUGCUCGCAUGUUUUUUGAGGGUCUACGACUUUUGCAGAGAAGCCCGGACCAAGUGCAGGUUCCUGAUUUUCUUGUUGGGAUCUUCACAACCAUGAGCAGUGACUCCAUUGUUUUGCAGAGUUUCUUGCCCUGUUUUGAUCAUAUUUUCAGUACUGGAUUUUCAACAGAAGUGUGGCAAUCUGUAAUACAGAAGUUGGCAAAGAAAGGACUGUGGCAUCAGUCAUUUCUACUGUUGUCAGCAAAGAAAGACAGACUGCCAAGCAACAUCCAUGUCUCUGAGCUGUCGCUGCAAAGUCUUUUUGAGAAGUAUGUCUUCAUUGGGCUUUAUGAGAAAAUGGAACAAGUGCCCAAGUUGGUUCAGUGGCUCAUCUCCAUCGGUGCAAACAUCGAAACCAUAGGACCCAGCCCUCUCCAUGCCCUCAUGCGGCUCUGCAUCCAAUCGAGGGAAAGUCAGCUUUUCCGGUGGGUCAUGGAGUACAAGCCUGAGUGGAAAGAGCACAUCAACUACAGAGAUGAUGCUGGCUGCACCGUCUUGCAUGUUGCUGCUGCCCAUUUCCCAGGAUACACCAUCAAGCGACAAACUGAAGAUGUGCAGAUGCUCCUGAGCUUUGGAGCAGACCCUACCCUGUUGGAUGGACAUGCUCGGUCUGCUGUGGAUGUUCUGAAGAGGAACAGGAACUUCAGAGCUGUUGACAAAAUCAACAGUCACCUGGAAAAGCUAGCUUCGAGUUCUAAAGGCCGAUCAGAAAUCUCUGCUGGCCUAGAUGUUAACCGAGACUGUGCCACCACUUUCGUCAAAUUCUUACUGGAACGACAGAAGUGGCCCGAAGUGCUUCUGCUGCUCACUCGCAAAGCCAGCGGGCAGCAUCAGCUCAGAAAUGGCCUCAUCAAAGAUUGUGACCUCUCAGACCUGGACAUCUGUACUGUCAUUCCCCAUCUUAGCGCCUGGGACCAGAGGAAGACUCAGCUUCUGAGCCGCCUGAUUGACAGUGGUGCAUUGCCUGAGGGUCUCCAAGACAGCCAGGACAGGCCGCUUCUCAUGUGCCUGAGACACGAGGACUUCGACUUGGCUUUUCUUCUCUUGACCAAGGGUGCAGACCCCCGUAGUGUUUCUCUCAUGGAAGGGGACACUCCUUUGCAUGCAGCGCUCCACAUCUUUCUGGACAUCAAUGCUGACAUUGGCUUUAACUUCCUCAGCCACCUGUUGGAUUUAUUUUUGUCCAACCCUACCGAAUUUUACUACCUUAAUCCUAACGUUCAAGACAGCAAUGGGAACACAUUGAUGCACCUCCUCUUCCAGAAGGGCAUGCUGAAGCGCACAAAGAAGCUGAUAGAGCUGCUGGUGAAGUUCGACAUCAACUUCAACCUGAAGAACAAAGCAGGCAAAGGUGUUAGGCACCGGAUUAAGAAGAACGAUGCUCUGCUUUUGGCUUGGAACAAAGCGCUGACAGAGAGCAGGCGGAAGAACCGGCAAGACCCUGCUGCCCACCUGGGGAGGCUGUCCAGAUCUUCUGCCCUUGGCCAUACAUCUCAGCUCAAGUCACAGACUUCCUUCAAGUCUUUGCCAUGUAGUACUGCUGACAGAACCCUUUCUAAGGGAGUCACAGAGAUUCUCCCUGAUGUUCAGGUGACCAGGCAGGAACCUGAAGCCAUGAGGACACGUUCUUUGAGAGACCGCCUUGUACAGGACAUCACAGUUCUGAUCCAGCAGAUUGAGUUGGAUAUGUCUCUCCCACAGGACUAUCCUCAGCAAGGCUCUCCCAAGAUGGCAGCUGGCAUGGAAGGAAAGAAAGACAAGCUCCAGAGAACUCAGAGUAUGGGGAGCUCUGGCUCUAGUAGAGACAACCCUGUUGCCUCUGAGGCUGGGGAUGGGCAUGCCCAGGCAGGCCCGGGGGCUUUACAGCUUGCUCCAGUUGGUAACAGAUUGCGAGUAGCCGGUGGUAACCAGGACAACUGGACCAUGCAGGAGAUUCAAGCCUGUCUUCAAGACUUUGAUAACAUGACCUGGGAGAUUGAGUGCACCUCAGAAAUGCUGAAGAAGCUGUCCAGUAAGGUUAUGACCAAAGUUAUAAAGAAAAAAAUAAUCCUUGCUAUCCAGCAGUUGGGAAAUGGUGAGUGGACCCAGGGCCUGCAGAAGCGGCUGAAGCACUCAAAAGGAAACAUCCAGCUCUUUGAAGCAAAGCUAGACAAAGGUGCCAGGAUGCUGUGGGAGCUUGCUAUUGACUUCUCUGCUCGGUGCAGUGAGAACUCUGAGAAAAUUAUGGGUACAGAGCGGAAUACCUACUCCAUGGAGAAAUCAGGGCGGGUCUAUACGGAAAUUAUCCGCAUCUGGGACAUUGUCUUGGAUCACUGCAAGCUUUCAGAUUCCAUCAUGGCCAUCUGCAGUGCCUACACCCGGGGCUUGUCCUGUGUCCUUCGAAAGAAACUGAAGGGUAUCAACAAAGGACAGGUAUCCGCUAACAUGAAAAUCCAGAAGCGGAUACCCCGCUGCUAUGUGGAAGACACAGAGGCGGAGAAGAGCAUAGAGCAGGCAGAUCCUGAGUACUUUCCUCCAGCCAGUGCUGUGGAGACAGAGUACAACAUCAUGAAGUUCCACAGCUUCAGUACCAGCAUGGCCUUAAAUAUUCUCAACGACAUGACAGCCACGGUGGAGUAUCCGUUCCGAGUGGGUGAGCUUGAGUACGCUGUGAUUGACCUCAACCCUAAGCCCCUAGAGCCCAUCAUCCUCAUUGGACGGAGUGGCACUGGGAAAACAACUUGUUGCUUGUACAGGCUUUGGAAGAAAUUCCAUGUUUACUGGGAGAAAGCUGAGCAGGCAGGAAGCCCAUUGCUGUCCAAACAGAUCUUGCCAAAGAGAAGGUUGGAAGUAGAACCAGGAAAAGAGGGUCCAGGCCAGGAGGAAGAAGAAAAUGAGGAAGAGGAGGGUUCUAUCAAAGUGGAAACAGUGGAUAGUACAGAGGAGGAGCAAGAGAGUGAAGCGUGUGCAGGAGGCACAGUGGAGUCAGCAGGGGACAGCCAAGCAGCGGAAGGAUGUGUGCCAGACCACCCGCACCAGCUGGAGCAUCUACAUCAGAUCUUUGUGACUAAGAACCAUGUCCUGUGCCAGGAGGUGCAGAGGAAUUUUAUUGAACUCUCCAAGUCCACCAAGGCCACCAGUCACUAUAAACCAUUGGAUCCCAAUGUCCACAAACUCCAGGACCUGCGGGAUGAAAACUUCCCUCUGUUUGUGACUUCCAAACAGCUUCUCCUCCUGCUCGAUGCCUCUCUGCCAAAACCAUUUUUUCUGAGAAACGAAGACGGAAGCUUAAAAAGAACCAUUGUAGGAUGGUCCACACAGGAAGAGUUUAGCAUCCCCAGCUGGGAAGAGGAUGAGGAUGAGGUUGAAGCUGAUGGGAACUACAGUGAGGAGGAGAAAACUACCGAAACACAAACAGGGGAUAGUGAUCCCCGGGUAUAUGUGACGUUUGAGGUGUUCACCAAUGAGAUAUGGCCCAAAAUGAUCAAAGGGAGAAGUUCUUACAACCCAGCGCUGAUUUGGAAAGAAAUAAAAUCCUUCUUGAAGGGUUCCUUUGAGGCUCUUAGCUGUCCCCAUGGGAGACUGACUGAAGAAGCCUAUCAGAAGCUAGGGAGGAAACGAUCCCCCAAUUUCAAGGAAGAUCGGAGUGAGAUCUAUAGCCUCUUCUGCCUGUAUCAGCAGAUCAGGUCCCAGAAAGGGUAUUUUGAUGAAGAAGAUGUCCUGUACAACCUGUCCUGGAGGCUGUCGAAGCUCAGGGUGCUGCCCUGGUCCAUCCAUGAGCUGUAUGGUGAUGAGAUUCAGGACUUCACCCAAGCAGAGCUGGCACUGCUGAUGAAGUGCAUCAAUGACCCCAAUGCCAUGUUCCUUACUGGAGACACGGCCCAAAGCAUCAUGAAGGGUGUGGCCUUCCGUUUCAGUGACCUGCUCUCUCUGUUCCACUACGCCAGCAGGAACACAGUAGACAAGCAAUGUGCUGUUCGAAAGCCCAAGAGGAUCCACCAGCUGUACCAGAAUUACAGAUCUCACUCAGGGAUCCUCAACCUUGCAUCUGGAGUGGUGGACUUACUUCAGUUCUAUUUCCCAGAAUCCUUUGAUCGCCUUCCAAGAGAUUCUGGACUUUUUGAUGGUCCCAAGCCAACUCUCUUGGACUCUUGUAGUGUAAGCGAUUUGGCAAUUUUGCUGCGAGGGAACAAAAGAAAAACUCAGCCCAUUGAAUUUGGUGCCCACCAGGUGAUUCUUGUUGCCAAUGAAAUGGCUAAGGAGAAAAUCCCAGAAGAGCUGGGGUUAGCUCUUGUGCUAACUGUUUAUGAGGCCAAAGGACUGGAAUUUGACGAUGUCCUCCUUUACAACUUUUUCACUGAUUCUGAGGCUUAUAAGGAAUGGAAGAUCAUAUCCUCAUUCAUACCAUCAUCUGACUCCAGAGAGGAAAACUGCCCAUUGCUUGAUGUUCCCUUGGAGAAGUCAAGUUCGUCCCAGGCUCGGUCCCUUAUGGUGAACCCAGAAAUGUACAAGCUCCUCAAUGGAGAGCUGAAGCAGCUAUACACUGCCAUCACGCGGGCUCGGGUCAACCUCUGGAUCUUUGACGAAAACCUAGAGAAACGGGCUCCUGCUUUCAAAUAUUUCAUUAGGAGAGAUUUUGUCCAAGUUGUAAAGACAGAUGAAAAUAAAGACUUUGAUGAUAGCAUGUUUGUUAAGACCUCAACCCCUGAUGAGUGGAUCAUACAAGGAGACUAUUAUGCCAAGCACCAGUGCUGGAAGGUUGCAGCUAAAUGUUACCAGAAAGGAGAUGCAUUUGAGAAGGAGAAGUUGGCCCUGGCCCACUACACUGCCCUAAAUAUGAAAUCCAAGAAAUUCAGCCCCAAGGAGAAGGAGCUGCAGUAUUUGGAACUGGCGAAGACUUACUUGGAGUGCAAUGAACCAAAGCUAUCUCUUAAGUGUUUGAGCUACGCCAAGGAGUUCCAGCUCUCUGCCCAGUUGUGUGAGAGGCUGGGAAAGAUAAGAGACGCUGCCUAUUUCUAUAAGCGAAGCCAGUGCUUCAAAGAUGCUUUCCGAUGCUUUGAGCAGAUUCAGGAGUUUGAUCUCGCACUCAGAAUGUACUGCCAAGAGGAGCUUUUUGAGGAAGCUGCUAUUGCAGUGGAAAAAUAUGAAGAAAUGUUAAAGAACAAGACCUUUCCUGUUCCCAAGCUCUCCUACUCUGCCAGCCAGUUUUACUUGGAAGCUGCUGCAAAGUACCUGAGUGCAAAUAAAAGCAAGGAAAUGAUGGCCGUUCUUUCCAAGCUUGAUGUAGAAGACCAGCUGGUGUUCCUCAAGUCCCGGAAACGCCUCGCAGAAGCGGCAGAAUUGCUCAACAGGGAGGGCCGGAAGGAAGAGGCUGCGCUAUUGAUGAAGCAACAUGGCUGCCUCCUGGAGGCUGCUAGGCUCACUGCCAACAAGGACUUCCAGGCCUCAUGUCUCCUGGGGGUUGCCCGCCUCAACGUGGCCAGGGAUUCUGACGUAGAACAUACAAAGGCUAUUCUGCGAGAAGUGCUUGACCUCUGCUAUCAAACCGGCCAUCUGGCCGGCAUCGCAGAGGCCCAGUUCCUGCAAGGGAUUAUCUUGAGAGACUUUCAGAAGCUUAGAGAUGCCUUCAUCAAGUUUGACAUGCUCAACCACUCAGCCGGAAUGGUAGAAGCUCUCUAUGAAGCAGCCAGCCAGUGUGAGUCUGAGAGUCAGAAGGUUCUGGCCCUGGCUCCAGGAGGCUUGGAAGUCCUUCUCAAUCUGGUCAGGGCCCUUAAAAACGUGACCAACAAUGCUGAAAAGGAAAUGGUCAAAUCUUGCUUUGAGUUUUUUGGAAUUUUUCAGGUGGAUGCCAAGUAUUGCCAGAUAGCCCAGAAUGACCCUGGGCCCAUAUUAAGAAUAAUUUUAGACCUGGAUUUGACCUUGAGUGAGAAGAAAACAAAGGAUCAUUUUUUAGUACUAACUGAUCAAGUGAAAUUAGCCCUGAACAAACACCUUUUGGGCAGACUGUGUCAGAUCACACAGAUCCUUCUCGGGAAGACCUACCCAGGGAUCUGCAUGAGGUUUAUUGUGGGUUUGAAAUGUGAGGACGAGCACUGUGAAGAUUUCCACAGGCCCCUCAGGCGCUGUGAAGCCAAGUGCAUGGUUCAGUCAAAAAUGCACCUGGUUGCAAUCAACGGUUUGCUUCUGGAAGCCAAGAAAGUGUUCCCUAAUGUCUUAGCUGAAGAACUUGAAGAAAUAGAUUAUAUUUUGUCUCCAGAUACAUAUGGCCUUUGCAAAUCCUUCCUCAACCUCCUCUUUCCUAGGCAUUUCCACCAGAGAGUGCUGUCGGAAAACCCCAUGGCCUGCAAAGAAAUCCUCAAGGCAAAUUACAAGUUCUUUCGCUCCUACCGGUUUGCCCUAAAAGAGUACAUCCACGACCUGUUUCAAAAGGAAAGUGCGCACAGCCGCAGGGAGUCCACAGACCUGUGGCUGAGUGCCAUGCAGGCUUUCCUCCUGUCCUCCAGCUACCCAGACGAGUUUGAGAAGCUGCUUCACCAGGAGGAAGACAGUUACAACCGGGAGCUGAAAGUGCUUGAGUCUGACAGAGAGGACAGAGGCAGGGGUAGAGGCAGCAGGAUGAAAGGCAUAGAAGGGAAGUUUGGCAUGUUGGUGCCCAACAGGGAAGACGAGAAUGUGGAGAGGUCCUACCUGUGCUUCAUCCGGCUGCUAGAGAGUUCCAUGGACCAGCUCUAUGUGCACAGGAACCCUGAAGACUACAAGAGGCUCUUCUUCCGCUUCAUGAAUGUCCUCAUCAAGAGGUGCAAAGCGCCGCUGGUCCCCAGUAUCAUCAACACGGUGGUGCUGCUGGAGCUGCAGUUUGUCCACUGUGGGGCGGUGCUGGCCCGCCUCUGGAAGAACGCUGUCCUGUGCCUCCCCAAGAGUUACAUUGCACUCCUGCACUUCUGGGAGUUUCUGUCCAGCAAGAAGGACAGGGAAUCUGGGGAUGUGUUCUCCAUCAUCCAAGAGUACAAGCCAAAAGAUGUGACCAGAGCCGUCCGGGACUUCCGGUUUCACCUGUCCUACCUCGUCAAGGUGCUGUGUGGCUAUGAGAAUAUGAACUUCAAUGUCCUGCUUGACUCUUUCAGUGAAAUAGACUAUGUGAUAUCGGGAGAGGCAGAACGGACCCUGGUCUUGUGUUUGGUGAUGCUGGUGAAUGCUGAGGAAGUCCUGCAUCCCUUCUGCAAGCCACUUCUGUUCCGCCACUUCCGGGAGAUCCAGAAGAGGCUGCAGCUGAUGAGCAUGGACUGGCCAGGCCAGGUGCCCAAGAGGCUGCAGAAGGUGGUGCAGCGGGUGCUGAUGGCUGUCAGUGUGAAGUCUGUGGCUGAGGCACUGCAGGACCUGCUCUUUGAACGAGAUGAAGAGUACCUGGUGGACUGCCACUGGCGGUGGGACAGUGUGCAUGCCAAAGGCACUGUGGUCCGUGGCCUCUGUCAUGAGGAGGUCAGGCUGAACCGCCUGCUCUGUACGGGCCCCAUGGACCAGUUUGCUGACUCGGACUGGGAUUUUGGUGAAGAUGAGACUCAUGAAUUAGAUGAGCUGGCCCUGGAAGACCGAGAUAAUUUCCUGGCCGCCAUCCUUUCCCAGAAGCAGCGAAAGGCCUUGAUCCAGCGCAAGCUGCGCACAGCCUGCCUAGUGGUGUCUCUGUGCAUCAGCUGGAGGAGGUGGAUCCAGACAGAGCACAGCAGGGAGGAGGAUAGGGAGCUCAGGCCUGGGAACUUCAAAAGGGCCGAUGUGGACAGGACCCAGUGCGACCUGUGUGGAGUGAAGUUUGCCCGCAGCCCCGAAAGCUAUUUUAGUGCUGGCAAAGCAUUUGAGGGAGCAGCCACAGAGGCUGUGAUCAUUUCCAGGGCUGAACUGGAAGGGAGGGAAUGCCGAGAGAGAGUCAGUGAGUCUUAUGAGCAGCACAUUCGCCUGGAAGGCCACCGAAGGCAGCAAGCGGCCUACCAGAAAUACCUGGAUUUUUUCCAUGAAAAGGUAGACCCGAUCAUUGAAGAAGGCAAAGUGGUGGUGCAGGACGUUGAGCAGAGCGUCUGGAUCCGGAGUCACCUGGGCUCCAAGGAGCAGAGCCACAUGCUGCAGAGGAAGGUGCAGGAGCACAUCAGGAAGGUUUCAGAUCUGGUGGAGGAGCUCUACAGGCGGAAGGCCUGGGCUGAAGCAGAGGAAGUGAUGACUCGGCAGGUCAAAAUUCUGACCCUGUCAGUCAAGAACGCACAAGAGUGGCUGAAGAAGACAGAGCUCCGCUUAAAAGAUGAAGGUACUGUUCAGGACGAAGAGUAUGAAAACGAAGUGGAAGACUUUGGUGAGCUCUGCCCUAGAAGGCGUGCCCGGAAAUGUGGAAAACAGAGAAAGUACUAACAUGUUUUCAUACAUCUAUUGCCUCCUAACCUUCGUUCCAUCCUGUCCUAAGGUUCUGAAUGCUGGGGCGGAAGAGAAGUACAAUGUGAAUUAGUCCAUGGUUGCUACUGCCCAGUUAGGGACCGUGUAGGCACCUCUAGUUUUCCAAGUUGAGAUCUAACAGUAACACUGCUCCCCCAGGUACCGCACGUCUCCAGUUGUGGGGGAGGCAGGUGGAAGGAGUGCUGGGAUGUCUCUGUCUCAAGCCAGGCUCCCUGGCUCGUCAGCCUUGCCACAGGGGAGUAGGCAUUUAAGAUUGACACACCACAUCUUGGAGUGAGUGCCCCUGCUCCAAGUCUAGGAGAUCCCUCUGUGGAUCCCGAUCCUACUUCUGUAAAACAGCAAGCAGAACCAAGGCAGUCUAUGCCCAGAGUACUUUUGGGCCUUGCCAUAAGCAACCCCUGAGCCCAGGCUACCUUUUGGUUGUCUGAGUGGCUACUGUGUAUAUUUUCUUUCUUUUCUUUUUUCUUUUUUUUUCUUUUUCUUUUUUUUGGAGCUGGGGACCGAACCCAGGGCCUUGCACUUGCUAGGCAAGCGCUCUACCACUGAGCUAAAUCCCCAACCCCUAUAUUUUCUUUCUUUCUUUCUCUCUCUCUCUCUCUCUCUCUCUCUCUCUCUCUCUCUCUCUUUUUUUUUUUUUUGGUGAUCAUUCUCAGCUACCUGUGCAGUCAGGGUUAGACCACCUCCGAAUGUAGUCAAGCGCCUGCCUAGCAGUCUUUGACAUCUUUCCAUUCAAGGAACAUUGGAAGGUAUUUCCUGCCCACUCCAAAGUGGUCUUGCCUUUGCCUUGGCUAUUGUGUAGACGAUAUGCAAAGCACCUUGCAUAUGCCUUGCACACGCGUGGUUCUUGGGUUUCCCUGGCACAUUUCACACCUAUGCUCCAGUUGACUGCUCACCGGGCUCUUCAGCUGGGGAACAAUGGACAGAAGAACUUCUAAUGAGAGUUCUGUGGAUCACUGCCAUGUGGCCUGUAGGCCCUGCCAGAGGGGCUGCAUGAGGCCUGCAUUCCCCUCCACCCACUGCCACCCACUGCCAGCCACUGUCAGCCUGGCCUCAUUUGGGAAGCCUCCCUGCCUCUCUGAUGGUCACUGCCUGCCCCUUCCUUCCCCACUCAGCCCAGGCUCAGGCCAGUCUCUGGAGGCUUUGUCUCACCACAGAACCAGCUUUCCUCCCAUGUUGCUGCUGCUUUUGCUACUCACCAUUACCCUCCAUUGUCUUUCUAAGAAAAGUUUUGUAAUUUUUAUUAAGUUAUGUUUCUCAUUUUUAUUCCAGAUUUUUUUUAUAAACUUGCCAGAAAAAAUCUAAUCAAAUACUGCUGUAUUAUCUUGUUUUUUUAUAAAGUUAGAGCAUCUCUCUUA